AUGAUUGACGAGAAGAUUGUCACUAAUAAGUCCGAUAAGUCAUCGAAUCGCCGAAAGCGAGAUAUAUUUCAGAACUCUUCACAACCACAAGCCAUCGCUCAGGGUUUGGUCGCAUCGCGCGGUAUAGCCGUUGAUUGGAUUGGAAAGAACUUAGCUCGUUUGGACGGAACAAUGCGAAGAACAUUAGUGGAGAGGAGUCUGGUUUGGCCGACAGGACUGGCCAUUGAUUACGCGGCCGAUCGUAUCUAUUGGACGGACCCGAAAGCGGCCACUAUUGAGACAAUCGAUAUCAAUGGAAAGAACAGACAUAUUGUCAAAACAUUUAACUCAUCCGAAGACAAACCGUACAAAAUCGAAGUGUUUGAGGACAACCUCUUUGUGAGCACUUUUCACAAUAACGCCAUCUUUAGACUCAACAAA